AUGGGCGGUUUCUACAUGCAGUAUCUCGAGAGCCUCUGCCGGCGUCGAGGAUGGACAGACCCCAUGUACGAGUGCUACCGGGACCACAGCGGCUACACUUGUCUUGUCCUGGUCAACGGCCGCGAGUACCAGACGGAUCUCGCCUACGAGUCUGACGUUCUUGCUCAGGAGAACGCUGCCAUGCGUGCCUUUAUGGUCUGUCGCAACUUUUCUGUCAACGGAGGCAUGCUGGCCCGCAACGGCAUCGUCCAGGGCCUGCCUGCUCAGGACUCGGGCCGCCGCCGCAAGAGUCGUCACACUUCAUCCCGGGACAGUGACCGCCACAGUCGACGAUCAGGUCAUCACUCGAGCAGUAGCUCGACAGCCUCGUUCGAGUAG